UGGGUGUAGAUGCAUCUCAAACCAGGGUUCUCUUUUGAAACGCUAGGUCACCGCCAGUAUUUCUUCUAAAUAAUGAGACUAUCUGCCGCACUUCGUAAUGCCUGCCGUGGUUUCCCCACUGCAUCAGUGAGCCGGUCAAGGACCAGUAUCAAGGUUUUUGGCUCAGAAGGAAGAUCGGUGCCGGUAAGCAGCAGCCGGCUAUUUGUCCGCGAUGGUAGUUCCAGCACCGGCAGUGGCUCUGUGGGAGCGGCGAUCAAGUUUGGAAAACAUGGUAAUCAAACCGUUGGUCCAGCAACUGAAAUUGCUGUCAGAGAUAUUAUCCAGAGGUCCAAAGAAGAGAUUGCAUCCUUACAGAAAAGCCACCCUGCACUCAAACCUGUCCUUGCCAUCAUUCAGGCUGGUGAAGAUGACACUCUGCUGGAGAUGAACAAGAAGAUGGCUGGGAAGAUUGGGUUGAAUGUCAUCCAGAUCAGUUUGCCAAGGGAAUGCACGGAAGAUGAGAUAAUUGAGGAGGUUCUGAAGCUGAACGAAGACGACAAAGUGCACGGUGUGGUCCUGCACCUCCCGCGGGCCUCCCUCACCAGCAGAGUGCUGAACACUCUGAAACCGGAGAAGGAUGUGGACGGUGUGACAGACCUGAACAUUGGGAGACUUGUCCGUGGAGAGCUGAAUGAGAGUUUUGUUCCGCCCGUCGCCAGUGCAGUGAUGGAGUUACUGGGGAGGCACGAGGUGUCUCUGGAGGGAAAGACAGCGGUGAUUCUGGGUGAGAACGGGCCCCUGGAGGUGGCCCUGCAGGGGCUGCUGCACUCCCGCGAGAUGGUGGUGCUGAGCAGCUUGUGGAACGCGGACAGCCUUCAGAAGCAGGUUCUGCAGGCAGAUGUUGUCGUGGUGACCAGCAGGGGGAACAUGAGUGUGCCGCCCGCCUGGGUUCGACCUGGAGCAGCUGUCAUCAACUGCAGCCCUGCUCUGAUGAUGGAAAUGUCCAAGGCGACCGGGGUAGGGCCUUUGGCUGCGGCUUUAAGAAUGCAGAAUGUAGUGAGUAGCAGUACAAGGUGGAUCCAGCAGCAGCAGUACAAGCAAUGGAAACUGCGCUGUCUGAAACUACAGCCGCUCUCACCUGUGCCCAGUGACAUUGAGAUUUCACGGGCCCAGACCCCAAAGGCCAUCGACCAGCUCGCCAAGGAGAUUGGCUUGCUGACGGAUGAAAUCGAAGCCUACGGCCAAACCAAAGCCAAAGUGCGUCUCUCUCUCCUAGACAGGCUGAAAGAACAGCCUGAUGGGAAAUAUGUCCUGGUGGCCGGGAUAACCCCCACCCCUCUCGGAGAAGGGAAGAGCACAGUGACCAUUGGCCUGGUGCAGGCUCUGACCGCCCACCUAAAGCUCAACUCCUUCGCCUGUCUGAGACAGCCCUCACAAGGGCCCACCUUCGGGGUCAAAGGGGGAGCAGCAGGAGGGGGAUAUGCCCAGGUCAUCCCUAUGGAGGAGUUCAACCUUCACCUGACGGGGGACAUUCAUGCCAUCACCGCUGCCAACAACCUGGUGGCCGCAGCCAUCGAUGCCAGGAUCCUGCACGAAGCCACACAGUCUGACAAGGCAUUGUAUAGCAGGCUGGUACCCUCCGUUAAUGGCGCAAGGAAGUUCUCUCCCAUACAGAUAGCCAGAUUACAGCGUCUGGGCAUUGAAAAGACUGACCCCGGCGCCCUCACAGCGGAGGAGAUCACCGCGUUCGUGCGCCUUGACCUUGACCCCGAAAAGGUCACGUGGCAGAGAGUUGUUGACACCAAUGACCGUUUCUUGAGAAAGAUAACCGUUGGACAGGCGAACACAGAAAAAGGGCACACUCGCCAGACUCAGUUUGACAUUGCUGUGGCCAGCGAGAUCAUGGCCAUCCUCGCCCUCACUGAUGGCCUGGGGGACAUGAAGGAGAGGCUUGGCCGCAUGGUGGUGGGCAGCAGUCGGAAAGGCCAGCCAGUCACUGCUGAUGACCUGGGUGUAACUGGAGCACUCGCCGUUCUGAUGAAGGAUGCCAUUAAACCUACACUGAUGCAGACGUUGGAGGGCACGCCAGUGUUCGUUCAUGCCGGCCCCUUCGCCAACAUCGCCCACGGCAACUCAUCCGUUCUGGCUGACAAGCUGGCCCUCAAGCUGGUCGGCGAGGAAGGCUUCGUAGUGACCGAAGCUGGCUUCGGGGCUGACAUCGGGAUGGAGAAGUUCUUCAACAUCAAAUGUCGGGCGUCCGGCCUGCGGCCCAACGUGGUGGUGCUGGUCGCCACGGUGAGGGCCCUGAAGAUGCACGGAGGGGGUCCCAGCGUUAGCGCAGGUGCACCACUGCCCAGUGAGUACAUAAACGAGAACCUCAAGUUAGUAGAAGAUGGCUGCAGCAACUUGAAGAAGCAAAUCCAGAUUGCACACCUGUUCGGGGUGCCCGUGGUUGUGGCACUGAACGUGUUUAAGACCGACACUCAAGCAGAGAUUGACCUGGUGUGUGAGAUCGCUAAGAAUUCUGGGGCCUCAGAUGCAGUGGCAUGUCACCACUGGUCACGGGGUGGCAGGGGCUCAGUGGAGCUGGCGAAAGCAGUGAGAGACGCCAGCAGCCAGCAGAACCACUUCCAGUUCCUCUACGACCUGCAGUUGUCCAUAGUGGAGAAGAUCAGAACCAUUGCCCAGAGGGUCUAUGGAGCAGAUGACAUUGAGCUGUCUCCAGACGCUCAAGCCAAGAUUGACUACUUCAACCAACAGGGUUUUGGGAGUCUACCCAUCUGCAUGGCGAAGACCCACCUGUCACUCUCUCACAUGCCUGACAAGAAGGGUGUCCCCACCGGGUUCAUCCUGCCUAUCCGGGACGUGCGAGCCAGCAUUGGGGCGGGAUUCAUCUACCCCCUGGUUGGGACGAUGAGCACCAUGCCAGGCCUGCCCACACGGCCCUGCUUCUACGACAUCGAUCUGGACCCAGAAACCGAGGAGAUCACAGGGCUCUUCUGAGAGGA